AUGGCCUUCUAUGGCUUUAAAGAGGAUCUUGAUGACUACUAUUUAACUCCUUACAACACCAAUGGCAAUUAUAGUUACUAUUCCUUUUCCACUCAAAUUCAAACUCCAACCGAAUACGAUCAUCCGAAUGAAUAUUAUUCCUCCUACAAUGCACCUUCUUCAUUACACGCUACGAAUUUCAAAAUCUCUUAUUCGAAAAUGGAAUUCAACGAGCCUGAAUUCGAGGAGUACGACCCCACUCCUUAUAGCGGAGGCUAUGACCCUGUCAAGACGUACGGAAAACCUUUCCCCCCUUCAGAAAUCACGUGCUAUCCUCGUUCUUCGCCGGAAUCCGAGAAAAACGGGUUCGAAAAUUUCUCGUAUGCUUCGAUUCCUUCACCGUAUGUCGACAAGAAGCCUACUACUAAUGGAAUUAAACCGGUAGAGAGUAAAACCGAAAGUUUCGGAAAUGAUGACGUGGCGGAGAAUGGGAAAACGGGUAAUUGUGAUGAUGGGUUUGAAGUUGGAGAGUACGGAUAUUUGGAUGACGUGGCACGAAUGCCGUAUGGGUCGGGUUUGGAAGGUGUGGAUAUUUGUGAGAGUUUGUUCGGUUAUUGGCCGUGUUUGGCUAAGCGGGCGCGCGAACAAAAGUGCGAAAAGUGUUGUCAUUGUCACGAUCGAGAAAGAAGGAUGGAUCCAUGGGAGAGUGCCGCGGAUUAUCUUUUCGGGAGUCCAUUGGUUUAUGAUUAUGAAAGUUAUCCUCUUCAACAGCAGUCUCAGGGGAACUCAUGGCUGCACUACAAUGAUAAUUGAAGCAAAAUAAGUGUGUCGUUUGUUAUGGGUUUGACGUGCAAUUGGUGAGAGGCCAAAUUGGGGAUAAAAUGUGACAAGUUGGGGCAGAUCUUAAAGGCCAAAUUGAAUAAUUGAACGUGUUGAAGUCUUUAGAUUUGAUUCAGCUGUUUGGAGCUUUUGGUGGGCGGCAAAAUGAUG